CCAAGAUGUUGCGCAAGAGCAUGCUGGACGUGACACAGCGGGCGACGGAGUCGCAAGCGCUCAAGAAACUCACGGCAGGCUACGAGCUGCUACCGGCGUCGGAGCACGGUAUCCGCUACAUUUUGUGGGCUGCGGACCCCACACACAACAAACCCAAGCCAGUGGAAAUCAAGGAUUCCAAAUCCAAGGAGUUCCGAAAUCCCUUCGCAAAGGAGAACCUGGAGCAAGAUCUGUUCGUGACGCAGCUGCACGGCACGCACAACCUCGUGCUCAACAAGUUUAACGUCGUGGACGAACAUGUCGUGCUGCCUACCAUUGAGUUCGCACCCCAGGAGCAGCCUCUGGACGCCGCCGACUUCCGCGCCAUGUGGACGGCCAUGCGGGGCCUCGACGCCUUCGCCUUCUUUAACUGCGGCUUUGAGAGCGGCGCCAGCCAACCGCACAAGCACAUGCAACUCAUGACGUAUCCGUCCAUGAAGACCAUCACCGGGCUCGACAUGCCGCCGCUGCUGCACUUUAUCGACCAGAAGCUGCGCGAGUACCCGACGACUGAGACCGUUCAACUUCCGGAGCUUCCAUUCUGCCACUACCUCCAUCGCAUCGACCUUGCCGACAACAUUGACAGUGAGAAGGCUGCGGCACACAUCGUUGCUACCUACGACAAGGUCCUCCAACAAAUGAACAGCGCAGAGUAUCCGAAGUCGGCAACUUCAUUGACGCCGACGUCGCUGCCUGUGGCCUACAACCUGCUGCUGACAUCGUCGUUCCUCUUCAUGAUCCCGAGGAAAGCCCAAAGCUUCAACAGCAUCGAAGUGAACUCGAUCGGCUUCAUCGGGUCCUUUUUCGUGCGUAACAACGAGCAGCGCGUCUUCUUUGAGACGAACGGUGGGCCUAUGGAACUGCUGCGUCAAGUGACGUUCCCACCGGCCAAAUAGACGUUCUAAAACGUAUUUUGAAAACUAGAUUGAAAAAAAAAAAUGCAAAAUGGGUUUUCGUGUUUAUAA